AUGUUUUCUAUCGUCCUGACUGCCGUCGCUGCGGCGGCACUUGCACUGUCGGAAUCUCUUCCCUCUACAACACUUGCUCAGCUUGAAGUCGGCACAUUCCUCGAAAACAUAGCAGUACGCUCAAAUGGGGAUCUCCUCGUGACCAAGCUGUGGCCUUCGGCUGCCAUAUAUACAAUCCGAGCUCCAUGGGAACGGCAUAAUACACUCGAAGAAAUCAUGUCAGUCCCUUCGAUCCAAAGCAUUUAUGGCCUUGUCCAAGUCCCACCCAGCCGCCAAGAUGUCGAGACAUUCGUUUUUGUCGGUGGUAAUUCUACAACCCCAGGAGAGACCGUGACUGGUUCGUUUGGCGCGUGGACCGUCGAGUUUAAAUCGCCUGGAGACGAAGUCAAGGUCAGAAAAAUCAGCGACAUGAGACCUCAGAGCAAAUUCCUCAAUGGUGUCACAGCCAUUCCUGGCCUAUCUGACGUGGUUCUUGUGGCUGACUCUGCCAACGGCCUUGUCGGUCGUCUUGAACUGACCACCGGCACCUUUGAUACCUCGACGUUUCGUUUCCCCCUUGAGAUGGACCCGGUUGAGGACGCGAGACUGCCCAUCGGCGUCAACGGCAUUCAAAUCCGCAACGAAUAUCUCUACUGGACAAAUUCAUUCCAAGCCUGUAUCUACCGUAUUACAAUAACUCCUACUGGAUUCCCUGCUAAGCAUGCAAGACCGGAGCUUAUUGCCAAUCUAUCCAAAGGCGUCAACUUUCUCGACGAUUUCACCUUUGACGUCAACGGCAACAUCUAUGCGUCCACCAACCUUGAUAACUCGAUUGUCUUUAUCGACGUCCAGUCCAAAGAGUGGGAGACGGUUGUGGGAGGAAUUGGGGAGAUGACUGUGGCCGGCUCUACAUCUGUUGCGUUCGGUCGAGGGCGGAAAGAUAAGGAGAUUCUAUAUGUGAGCACGUCUGGAGCAAUCGCGACGCCCGUCAAUGGGACCGAGAUUGAAGGCGCCAAGGUUGUCGCUAUUGAUACUAGGUUUCGAGAAAUGUGA